UUUUGGUGACAUGCAACACUCAAGUCUUGUCUGUGCAUGGACGACAAACGCAGGAACGUAAUAAAUCGGUGUCUCCUAGGAAAUAUUAUUGAUGUCUUAGAAACUUCAGGACGAGCACUAUAUUCAUUAUGUUGAGAGUAUGAAAUAGAAGUAACGACGUGCAAUAAAGUAUACGUAAAAGAUGUUAUCAAGUAAGGUCCAUUGUGGAACUCGGGUUGGCCAUGGAUGCUAAGGAUUCGCGGGCUGAGGCAGCUCUGGCGGAACGUAGCAACGAUGGCGGCGCUAAGUUCGCGCUCCAGUACGACAGGAGCAAGAGUCACGACGCCGGAGCGAGCGCAUUCAAGGGGGACACGGCAGGCGUGCGCCCGUGCGCCGUCAUAGGCCCCGACCGCGUCGUGCCGCCCUCGCGGGACGGCCCCAAGAAGACGCCAGCCGAGCCAUGGCUCGCCCCCGACCCUAUCUACCGGCGCAUGCCUGAUUACCCUUACAAGAUGCCCGACCACAAGGACCCCACAAGAAACAUAUCACCACGACAGACAUUCCAAGAAAAUAUGCAGCGCAUUAUCAUGCCACCUGGAUAUAAUUCAACUAAACUGCAUGAAGAUUCCCCGUUUGCAUCCAAAAAUAUAAAGUUGAAUGUGCCCACUGAGGUAAAGUAUUGUGAAGUGCCUUAUAAUAUUAAUCAAGUAAGUAGUGACCAAAAACAUAUUAGGAAUGUUGAUCAUAGUGCAUCAAAUGUAAACCCAUUGCUAAUGAGAGGAGUUCCUCAUGGGUGGCCUGCCGGUAGUGUACAUGUACGCCCACUGAGAACAUAUGGUGCUCCAGAAGCACUGCCAUAUUCAGACUAUGCCAACUGUACUGGUCCCCGGCCAGUGCUUACCAGGUCUCAUGAAGAACCACUGUAUCCGGAUCCCUAUUACCAAGAGAGCAACAUCCGCUUCAAACCCUAUCCCAACAUCAAGGAGAGAUACCCACAGAGCAGGUAUGAAUAUCUAGGAAAUUAUCCAAGUCCUUACCAUCCCCCCAAUCCCUUUGCUCAUAAAUAUGAAUUACCAAAGACAAUACCGCCUCAUUCCUAUCCUGGCUAUCCCCAAGUACCCAAAUAUACUGAGAGGAUACCUGAGCCUUUUAUGGAUGGUUACCAAAGAACCCUCAGUCAACAAGCCAAUUAUGGUGUUCCCAUUCGUAACCCUGUUAUUCAUUCCUCUUAUAGACCUGUGCCUGGGAACCAUAUGCAAAAUAAAUUGAACCCAUACUCACCAGAUGGGCAACAUAAACCAGUUCCAAACAAACUGCCUUACGACCCCGCAAGUAAGAUGUACCUUGAUUAUGAUACCCAUUCAAAGGCUUUGCCUAUGCCUGAUAAUUAUUAUCUUAAUGAUGUACCUAGGCCAUAUCAUGCUAAAAAUACUAUUGUUGUACAAAAUUUUGCUUCUCCAAGCAUGCAUGGAGUAAAUGCUCAUCCAUAUUAUAUUAAAGAGAAUAUGUCAUUGAAAAAUUAUGAAUAUCCUCGAUAUAAAAACAUGGAUCCAUCUAUGAUAAAUCAUUCUCUAACAAAACUACCACCUCAGUUUUCCCCCAGUACCUUAGCAAUAUCACCAGCAGAUUCAAAUGCUAGCAAUGAAACAGCACUGACUCAUGGCACUUCUCAAGAAGACUGUGGAUAUGUAAGCCAAUCCUCAGUGACAAGUGUGAGAAGUAUGGAGAGUCUAAACAGAAUUCCAAUGGAUCCUUAUGGUAGAUAUGACUACAGAUAUGGUCCAAUAGUAAGAGCUUCCCCGCCAACCAAACUAGAUCCCAGCAGCAAUCAAGGGUCAAAAUCUAAAAAAGAUAUAAGGCAAUUUAUAUCAUCAUGGAGUGAAGGAGAUGAUGAAAAUGCUGAAAACAGUGCUAAAAGAGAUGGUGUUAAGAACAUUACUGAUGAUAAACAUACUUUUAGUAAGCAGUAUGAUAGUGUUACCAAUCAGGAACAACUCUAUGUCCUUGGAUUAGUCAAUGUCCCAAGUGAAGAGCUCAGCAAAUAUGAACACAUUCAAAAAGUAUCUAAAUUACCCGAAAAUAUUAAAGGCUAUAAUAGUCUUGAAUUGCUCAAUCAAUUUGAAGAAGCCAUAGAAUCUUCAAAUAUUACCAGUGUUAAACCUCCUACGCCAAGGACAAUACAAAUGCCGUUAAAAAGCGUUCCACACAAACAUGAGCCAAUACCUCGUGCUUUGUCACCAUUGGAUGUUGAAGCUAAAAUCAGUCAAUCUGUUAUUCAUAAAGAAGUUGGCUGUAAUUUCGAAAUUAAGCCAUGUAGCCCAAAAAUGUUGAAUGUCGAGGUGGCUACACCCAUGCAGAUGCUCAAUGAAAGAGUUAUUGAAAAAGUGGCUAAUCCACGUAAUGUAAAGUCACCUACAAUACAAGCUGAUGAUGACAACUUAGACCACACUUUACUGAACAAAACAAUAAAAUGUCCCAUACCAAACACAGCAUCAAGUUGCAAAAUGAUAAACAGUCAACAUCUAUCUAAUUCACCUACCAUUGACCAUUUAAAAACAAGUUACACUUUACAAGAUUUAGAAAGUAAUUCGGGUGUAUGUUUGGCUUCUUUACCCAGACUAGACACAGAUAUAGAAUUGAAUUUCCCUGAAGUAAAUCAACAAUUUAUUAACGCAAACAAAACAGAUUCGGUCAUAACUACAUCUUUCACUAAAGAUCUUCCUACCUUGGACAUUGACCGGUCUGCUAUUGCCACUACUGAAUGUGAUAUGAAUUAUCAAUAUUCUCCUAAAAUUGAAACUGAAACAGAUUUUUCUCGAUUAAGCAAAUACAGAAAAUUAAAAAGAUGUGUUCCAGGUGAAAAUGAUACACCACCAGCAAAAGUUCAAGCUACAAGAGUAGAUAGUGUAAUUAUAAAAAAUCCUGAUAACACAAGGAGUCUUGAAGAAACCAAUGAUAAUUCUGGGAGUGAUUUUAAAGAUGACCUUCAAGAAUUUGCUAUGAAUUUAGUGUCUCAAACUAAAAAUACAAAACAACCAAAUGAUGUGGAUAAAAUGUUUGACCCUUCCACCAACUCCACUAUCACCGGUAGAUAUGAUGAUGUUAAAACUAAUUUACCCGGCACUUUUAUAAAUCAGUCAAGUAAUUUAUCAAACAAACAUUUUAACGUGAAUGAAGAGACCAGCCGUAAUAAUUCUGUCCACGCACAAACAGAAGAUUGUAAUAUGCACAGUAAAGAUAAUUUAAACCGAUAUUUAGAAAAGGCUGCUUUUCCAAUAAAUCUGUCACCACAGGCAAGAUAUUCUAUGAUUGAAGUAGACGAAGAAUGCAGAAAUACUGAAAAGGGUGAUAAAACCACUGUUUUAGAAGAGAAGCAUCAGUUGGCUGUAGGUAAUAUUUGCAGGAAGAAACAAAUAAAUAAUAAAGAAAAAUGUAUUAGUGUUGGUAGUGUAGAAAAACCCGACGAUAUUUUAUUGAAUUCACAAAACGAUACAUCUGAUAAGCAAUAUUUUAAUACUCGUGAGAAGCCGCUUGCGACUCCAAAAACCCAUAACAAUUGUCUUACUACUGGGUUAAGCAAAGAAUGCGACAUACAAAAAGAUGAAAAAGGUAAUUCAGUUUCGCAUAUAGAAAAUCAAACUUCAAAUUCUCCAAAAAUGGAAACUGAAACAAAUAAUUCAGUUUCGCAUAUUGUAAAUCAAACUUUAUUUUCUCCAAAAAUGGAAAUUGAAACAGAUAAUUCAGUUUCGCAUAUUGUAAAUCAAACUUCAUGUUCUCCAAAAAUGGAAAUUGAAACAGAUAAUUCAGUUUCACAUAUUGAAAAUCAAACUUUCCACAAAACAAAUGUAGAUUACAAUAAAGAGAAAAAAACUAUUUUUGAAAAUAAACAAAAGGUUGCUUUGAAUGAAAAAGCACCAGUUAACAAUGCAAUAAGUACAAUAGACCAUAUUGAAGACAUUUCGGAAAAUAAAAAUGAACCCAAAACAAUGUGUAUCGAUAAAGUAAACAAUAAAGAUACGCUUUAUUUAUUGCAAGCGGAAAAUAAUAUCCUUUCAGAGCAGUAUCGCAUAAACCAUAACAGUAUAUCGUAUGUUCCCAAACUAAAGAGAAAGAAAAUUAGGGGUGAGGCCACUCAUCGAAAACGAAGUUACGAAAAUAAGCUCGUAGACAUCGUAGAACACAAUGUUGUAAACAAUAAGGAAAAACAGAUUUUUUUAUUUUCUCCCGAUAAAAAAGAACUUGUAGGACAACUAACACAGAAACAAGCUCAGAUUAUACCAGGAAACGUUCUAGCAGAAGAAAAUAAUAAAACACUAGUUAAUUUGAUGAAUAUAGAAUGUACGAACGUUAAUAAAAAUGGGCCUACAGAAACUGUAGCAAAUAAUGACGUUAUUGAGAACAUUUCGCAUAAUUUACCAGACGAUAUAAAUACCAAUAUGCCAGUUUCAUCUUCGCCUAUCAAAAACAAAUGUUACGAAACUGAGACGAAAGCACUACAAAAUAAUUUGCCUUUGAAUACUGAUAGUGACACCAAAAAAUGUAUUGAAAACUCUGAUUCGGCACUGAAAAAUAAUCUAAAUUCGGAUAACCCAGUAGUAUCAAACAAAAUUGUUAACAACAAUGCGUUAGAGAUUUCUAGUGAUUUAAUUGAACACAAAGAAAAGUCUUUGGCACACGCAAACGCGAGUAUUAAUUAUGAAGCAAAAGAAUUAAAUACGCUGGUCAAAUACCAUCAACAUGAAACUCAAUCUCAAAAUCAAUCAAUGGACAUUAAUCUUAAGAACAAAGAUUUUGUUCCUUUGGUUAACUCUGAUAUGAAAGAAAAAGAACUCGAAGAAACAAUAAAAGAUUACACUAUGAGCUCUGUUACAAAUAAAGUGGACACGCUCAAUGUCACGGAUCAAUUUGUAGAACACGGCGUAGAAUUGAAUGUAAGUAAAAGUACUAAUUUUGAAAAUGAAAACAUAAAUAUUACCACCAACGUACAGAAAACUGAAUAUCAAUCGCAAAAACUAGAAAAUUUUGAAUGUAAAAACGAAGGCCGACAUCAUGAUGUCCAAAUGCUUAAUAAUAGAGAUAAUCCCGUCUUGACAGGCUUCGAACAUGAUAUUCAAAAGAACCUUUGUCAAGAAGAAACAAAAACUAAAAACGUCCCGGCGUGUCAUGCAUUUGUAAAUAAAGAGCUUUUUUCUUCUCGUUUUCAGAACUUGCUUUUUUAUAAUGAAUAUUUCGACACCUGUUCUAAUCCUGGUGAACACAAUAGUUUAUGUGAUCAUAUGGUCAAUAGUCCAAAAACUGAUCACGUUGAUGUACAUAUUGAAAAUAAAAUUAGUAAUGACGAAAAUAUUAGGGAUUUGGAUUCGUCUGAUCGAAUCGAAACAAUGGAUGAAGCCGCUACGACUGAGGAAUUUGGUAACGGAAAUCUUGGUAAAGAAGUAUUUUACGCCACUUCUUCGGAAAAUAAUAAAUGUCAAAGAAACGAGGAUAAUGUUAACAAAAAUUGUAUUCAAAACGAUAAAGAAAGUACUAUGCCAUCGCCAAAAACUCAAAUAAAAAGUUUUGAUGAAAAUGAAAUGAAUAUUGUCACAGAUACUUAUGAAAAAUCGGUGAAUAGUUCGGUUUCUAAGUCUUCUUGCCAGGAAAUGGAUGAAGCAUGGAGAAAAGAUUUAGAAAACAAUACUGGUAAAUGCGAAUCAGAUAUACAAUACACAAAUGAAGAAACUUUUCCAAAAUCGGUGGACAAUUCCGGUUAUAAGUCAUCUGGGCUAGAAAUCGUUGAUGAAUGUGUAAAAAAAUUUGAAAAUGACAAUGACGAAUGCACAAAUAAAGAUACGUUUCCAAAAUCAGUUGACGAUUCUGGUUAUAAGUCACCUAGCCAAGAAAUGGACGCUGAAUGUGUAAAGAAUUUAGAAAACAAUAACGGCGACGCUGAUUUACAAUUCAUUAAUAAUGUCGAAAGUGAUGCUUGUGCCACUAAUAUUAUAGUCAUUGAUAAUUCUAUAAGUGUGACACCAGAACACUGUAACGAGUAUAGUACAAUUGGUACACCUGUCGAGAAUGAGUUGGAUAAAAAAAUAGAAUCAUUCGUUGCACAUUUAAGUGCUCGACCACGUUUUUCCCUCAAAAGAUCUUUAUCUGACUCUGCUUUAAAUGCAUAUGAUGAUGACGUUGACGAGCGUCCAUCAAAAAGAUGUAUGUUGCCCAAAAGACGGAAAAAAAUCUGUGACAUCAGCAAAAUAGACGAAUCCCAUUUGCUGAACAUAAUUCAAAGUAGUAGAAGAAAUUCUGUGUCAACACUUAGUAACGAAAAUUUUUCGUUUUGCAUACUGAUAGAUGAUCAUUGUAUUGUCUCUGAAGAAAAUUAUGAACAAGAAAAUUAUAUGCAAUUUGAAAACAAUUUCUCAAACCAUUCGAUUAAAGAUCCUGUAGUGGAUGAAAAGAGUGCAUCUCCAGCGUAUAACUUAGAAGACCAGAACGAAAAUACUUCUGACACAUACAUAACCAAAUAUGAUGAAGAAAAACUUUGGGUCGAAGACGUUGGCUGUGAAGAAACUAUUGAAACCGAGGACAUCGCAGAAAAUAUCGUUAUUGGUGAUCCAGCUUCUCCAAAGGAUACGGAUUUAACCGAUUAUGAAUCGGACGAUGAAGACAUGGAUACCUUAAGUAAUGAAGACGCAGAUCACAUGAGCAAAGUUAAACACAUAUAUGGCGACAACAUGUGCACAAAUGAUGCUCAAUUAGUUGACGCGUUGUACAGAACGCCUCAAAUGGAUGUUAAUAAAAAACUAAUGGAUAAAGAAUCUCAUACAACCGAGAAAGGUAGUAAAUAUUAUGAUAGCGAUUCAUUAGAAAUGUUAUUAGCUGAACCUGUUGACAAUAUCCCUCGUGCGGUUACAGAGUCAAAUAUAAAGUCUAUUAGCCUGCCGAUCCGGCAGGGACCUGAAGCAGGCACAAUUAACAAAGAAAAUCUAAAUUCAAAGUGUUUGGAAGUUCCCUCACCUCUUAUGAAUAAUAUAAAAAAUAAAGUGACGAUUGGCGCUAUCCCAAAUGAAGACAAUAUAGAAUCGAUAAAUAAUGUUACGGAGCCACCUGCUGAUAAUAAUUGUGAUGAUACUCAAGACGGUACAAUACACUCAUGUGAGUCAAGUUUAGACAAUGUUUUCUCUUACGUUGAUAAAACGAACAGUAUACAUAAAACUUCUAGUUCUCCCGAAGUUUCGUCAACUACAUCUGAAGAAAAAAAUUCAAGUAUAUUACUUAAAAUUUCUAACUUCAAAGGUUCACGAAUAUCUGAAGUAAAAAACUCAAGUUCCGAUAAGCAAGAACACAAUAGCUGUAAACGUACUACCAACGAAUAUUUUAAACCUGAUUACAGCCAUGGUACCACUUCAAAGCGACCAUUGCUCACUAAAGCUGCUCAAAAAUAUAUUCCCCCGCUUAGGGAGUCUAUUCCUGAUCUAAAAGUAAAACUGGCUUUACCACAACAAAGUCUACUAAAGUUGCAAAAAAACAAAGUAGCCAAAGAAGAACCAAAAUUUAGCACUCGGAAUAUUUAUAGUGAUAAUAACAUUAAGCUAAAAAAAGAAACCCCAAAGAAAAUUAAACCUAAAUUUGAAGAUGUUCUUAAAAAUAUUGAUGAAGCUCAGUUUCAAAUGCACAAAGCAAAGAAUAAGAAACCUAAAAAGUACAUUCCCAAGGUGGUUAUAAAAAAGUCCGAAAAUGGUUCACAUUAUGCCAGUACUUGCGCAAAAGAAGCAUUUAAUCCAGAUUUGACUGGGAGGAAAUGGCAGCCAUGGGUAUUUAUUGAAAAGAAUAAAUUUAUUGACAACAUGGCACUCAGGAACAAGGCAAGGGCUGUGUUCAGUCACAGAAGAAAGUCCUUUGUCUUGGCUGAGAAAUUUUGCAAGUACAAAUCAAUUAGUACUGCAAAAUUUGUCAUAUCCCAACCCAAAUUAAAUGAUUUUUCUACAGGAAAUCUAAAAUAUACAAUAAAAUUGAAACAUAGGUAGCUAAUGAAGUAAGACUGUUUGGAACUGGUUUGUCAGGGUCUGCAUUACAAAUGUAUCUGCAUAUCCAAGACUGGAGCCCACCCAAAUUAACAUUCCUUCGAUUCCAAAUUAUUUUAUUUAGUUAGGAUGUUAACCAUUUAGUUCAUUACCUUGUGACAAAGCCAAAUUUUCUACAGUGUGAUAUGAGAAAUAAAAUUAUUUAGGUACUUUAUAAUAAACUUAUUAGAAGUGCAAUCUGAUCUGAUCUGUAAUUUGUUACUGUGUUACAAAGUUUAUUAAAAUUGUUUUUCUUAAAAUCAUUCCAUUUUGUAGCAGAAUUAUAAAAAUAUAUAUAUAAAUAUCUGCACUUAACACUUUAUAAUAAGCCAUAAAUUAGUAUUAAUUGUUUAUUUAUUGUCAUAAUUUAAUAUUGUUUUUAUUAAUAUUUAGUAAGUUAUAUAUAUGUAUAAAGGUUUAGGUUUGUUAACAAGUACUGUUUUACGAUUGUUUAGUGUUGCAGGGAUUUGUUUCAUAAACAUUAAAUAACACUUAGUGGAAUAUAAACCUUAUGUUUGCACACAGAUAAAAACCUGUAUGUAUCUACACAAUCGUAAUCAACAUAGCAAUGUUGAAAUUUAUUUUUUAAUAAUUUCGUAAUGACUGUACUGUAUGAAAUCGUACUUUUAAUAUCUACUUGUUAUUUCGAUUACUAGUUACUAGAAAUAUAAAGUUACUGUUGCACGUAUUUAUAUUUUAACUUCUACUAGUACGUUGGACACGUUUGCCGGCUGUACUUGCGAUAUAACUUCGAACCGUGUGAUUUGGUAGUAGGUCCUAUAGCCAGGGCAAUGGAUACCGCCGGCGAACGUGUUAUGUCACGAAACGGGCUCGCAGACGGGUUAAAAUGGGGUUUGAAUUUUAUAAUAAACAGGUAUUUUUUAUGAGACACCUGGAUAAACAAAUAAUUAAUUAGGUAUAUAAGAUUGGUUAAUUGCGAAUGAAAUGUGAACCUAUCUACUACUGUAUAUAAAAAUUAGGAUGUAAUUAUUUAUAUGACCAGACAACCCUUGUUGAUAUGGUUAACAAUUGCUCACGUAAAUUCUAAGCACCAUUUUAAUAUAUGUGUAUUGCGAGAAAUAGGUGUUACUUUAGGCUCAAGUACAAAGAGUGCGUACUGCUGUUGUUGAUGUCCUAUACUGUAUUGUGUAUUUAUAAACAUUAUGCUUGUUGUCGUUUAAUGUUGUCUUGUCUGCAUGUUGAUUCAAACAUUGUCGUACAACGGCAUAGUGUAAUGAACUUUCAGUGUGAAAUAAGCAGAACCAAUACUCAGACGUUAUAUAUAUUAGAAAAUGAACUAGCUUUUCUAUGUAAUAUUUUUAUAUUGCUCUGUUUUACGCUCUUCGACUUGCGAUGUUACGAGCGGUGUAUUUAAAUAUUUGAUGGGACUUGCUUGACCCAUAAUUUCCUAAUGCUGUCCUUAAUAGAAUCAAGUGCCUGAUAUAUUUAGUUUGCAGUAACAUAAUAUCAUAUAUUAUAUAUUUUGAAAAUACCGUAUACUCGCAUACAUAUGCAGUGCCUUUUAACGUUUGAGCUAAAAUUUUACACCACCGUAAAUUGCGGAGUACCUAAUAGUGUAAAUUGUAAUUACAGUGUGUAUAUUAUACACAGACACUUCAGAAAAUGGUGUAUUUACUGAUCUCAUAAUCAAGGCACUCGCCAUUAAACGUUUUAGCCUGAUUGUGCCUAAACCGUAUUAAAAUAAAAUAAUACACUAUUUUUAUACUAUGUACAGGGUGUUAAAUAAAUAUAUACCAAAUAAAGUGCUUUUAUUAGAGUCCUGCAUACAUUGUAGUAGCAACCGCCGUCUCGUAUAUUGUAGAAAUUAGUCGUUAAGUAUGUUGUGUAUAUAUGUAAUUUAAAAUAUAUUUUCCUUGUAUUGAGUGAGUGAUGCUCAUAAUUGGAUAGUGGUUUGAAACGGUUUUAUAUAUUAUAAAUAUAUUUAUAGUAACAUAUUUUAGGCUGAAUGUUGCAUAACAUAACUGGGGUAAUUUUAUGAAUACUUACGAAAUGUACAAAAUAAAUAAGUAUGGAUAUGAAUGAUGUGCUAUAGAUAAAUAUCUGCAUAAUUUACAAGAUGUUUGGAUUAUUUUGAGGCUGUUCUAUUUAAAAGCAAAUUCAUGGUUCCUGUGGGACAGUCCGACUGAUUACGCAUGUUUGUUCUUUUACCAUUUGCUAUGUUACGUAUGUUGUUAAUUUUUUGUAUUUUUUUUUCUAUAUCCUAAAAAAAUCUUUGUAGUUUCGCACUAUUGAGUGGACUGUUUGAAAGUUUUAUUUUACAGCACUGUUGGUAAUUGUUAUAUUUUAAGCGAAUACUAAGAUUUAUUGCAUUAAGGGUUAUGGAAUAAGUUAUAAGAGAUCGUAAAAUAUUUGUUUUGCGUUUAAUGUUAAAUGCAUAUCGUUUAAUGCCAGUAACGCACGUGAUAGUGUUUCGUGAUAGAUGUAACCAAAAGGCGCGCGCUCGCUCCGCGGGACGGUCCGUCGCUGGGAGCAGUGCGCUAUUUGUUAACGGGAAUAUUAAGUUUUUGAGUGAAACCUAGUUUUGAGAAUUGUUCUAAUAUUGACCAAAUAAAUGUGUUCUAAAUAAAAA